AUGGAUUUCUACGAGACGAACGUCGUCAAGAGUUAUCGCUUGUUUCUGCUCCUCGUUGGCGUAUGGCCUUACGAAUAUUCAAAAGCGAACGAGAUGCAAAGAAUCGUGUACGUUAUGUGCAUAAUUUCUUUUUUACUCGUUCAGUUUAAGGAAUUUUUUGAUUAUAUAAGGAUCGAUUUGAGCAAAUUGACGGAAACAGAAAAGAUUUUAAUAAAACGAACGUAUAAGAAAUGUUUGUAUUAUUGUCAGAUUAUCUUUCUAUUCUUUUAUUUUCUGGUCUUUAUAUUGAUGAUGAUCCAAAUCGUUGAUUACGAGAUUGCAUCUUCGAACAGAACGAAUUAUUUUAAUCGAAUAAUUUUAACCGAAUAUUUUAUCGACCGUGAAAAAUAUUCUUAUCCUAUUUGUAUUCAUUUAAAUAUAGCAAUAUUGUUAAUUUCUUCGAUAGAAGUUGGUACCGAUGUAUUACACGCAAUAAUAUUAACGCACAUUAUUGGAAUAUUCGACAAGAUUGGAUACUUAACCAUACAUUUAUUCGACGAACCAGAAAUUACUUGUCAAAAGAUUGACAAAUAUUUAAUUUACUACAAAAGAUUGGUGUAUAUCGUGAAUUUGUAUAAGAGAAAUUUGAAAUUUUGCGAAAAAUACAAUUCUAGUAUGGUUAUAUGUGGGAUUAUUCAACUAAUUUGGGGAACAUUAAUUGUCUCUGCCUUACUCUUGAAAUUGAGAAACGAGUUAUCGUCACACAAUCUACAAAUAGUGUUUAUGUAUUGUUUUUUCGUGAGUUUAUAUUUCUUUACCAUAUACAUGCUAAUAUUACCCUAUCAAAAAGUAUACGAGAUCAGUGAAACUUUGUUCUUCAAGGCCUAUUGCGGACACUGGUACUCAACCUCGGCCAAAACUCAGAAACUGCUGUUAUUCCUUAUGCACAGAUUCAUGACACCCUAUAAAUUCCGAUUUAAAAAUUUCAUAAUCGUGAUCGACCAAACGUACGUGUCGAUGAUACGAAUCGGUUUCUCCUACUUCAUGUUCAUACAAUCCAUCCAAGAAUAA